GUAACCGAACAGAAAUUGCAACUAAGCUCUUCAUUUUUUGUUGAAUUCAGCUCCUCAGAUUAUCAUCUUCAAAAGGUGCAAGCAUGUCAACUGUUAAUGUUCCUUCGUCUAGCUUGCUCAAAGGUGCACCAUCAAUGCAAUCCUCUACUUUCACUAGGCCGCGACGUGCUUUAACUUGUGUAAAGAGCAUUUCCAAAGCAUUCGGCUUGAAAUCUUUCUCCAAUUUCAAAUUCUCAGCAAUGGCAACGUACAGGGUGAAACUAGUCGGGCCUGAUGGUAAUGAAAAUGAAGUCGAAAUCCCUGAUGAUCAAUACAUACUUGAUACUGCAGAAAAUGCUGGAAUGGAAUUGCCUUAUUCAUGUAGGGCCGGUACUUGUGGAACAUGUGCAGGACAGUUGGUUUCUGGAUCAGUAGACCAAUCCGAGGGCUCGUUCCUCGAUGAGAAUCUAAUCGACAAGGGCUACGUAUUGACAUGUAUUUCGUACCCUAGAGCUGACUCUGUUAUUCAUACACACAAGCAAGAGGAACUCAUGAGUUAAUAUGUUUGUAUGUGAUUAGUCACUUUUUGAUUUUCA